CGACUUAUCUCGCACCCGCCUUGACGUCCAUCGCGUCCCUGACACCAAGCAGAAGGGGCCUCAAAAUUUGGUUGUAGUUUUGUGUUUAGCUAACUAUAAGCCAGCUGUUUUUAUUUCAAGGGACUAUUCGACCAACCUAAACAGAAAGGCAAUGCCACGAAGGGCGCUACGCUGCGUUGUAGAUCUGAAACUGAAGGCUGUGACGGCCCCUGGAGUGUGGCUGCCCAGUAGGGAAGAUGUCUAUGUCAGCAUCAGUCUGUUUGGUCAAUACAGAAACACUUGUCUCGUAGAGUCUGUGUUUCCAUUAAUCAUUCGAGAAGACUUCACUUUUGAAAAGACUUACUAUACUGCUCUGGACCCAGCAGAAGUUGUUGAUUAUUUGGAUGAUGAAUUGAUAGUAUUGGAGUUGCUACAACUAUCCGAGUUUGGAGGAGCUAACAGACUUGCCUCUUAUUCAUCAAGUGCUCGUGACUUCCUCUACCCUGCUCCGUCUUUGGCACCUUGCUAUGCCUCUGGAGCACGGGAAAUACUCUUCCAUAGGUCCAUUGAUUUUCCUGGUAUUUCUCCAAAACUAGAGUUUGUUUCUAUUACCAACAUCAAAGAAUCUCUGUCACCAGAACUGGAUGCUCUAGAAGAUUCAAUUAAAGACGAGAGGAGAUCUAGAAGGCGUUCUCGUUCACGCAGUAGAUCUCGUCCAGCAAGUCGUCCUUCAUCUCGGGCCUCUAUGAGGACUUUUGUAGACGUGGACCCGGCAGAGGACCUUAAAACCUACCACAAGCCAACCAUUUCUUCUGUUUGUCAUUCUAGGUCACCCUCCCCUGCCGCACGCUGGAAGAGCGAUGACGCCCUGGUUCCUCGACUCAGCAGUACCGAGGGAAGACCUCCAUUUGUUGUCCGCCAUCUAGAAAAAUCCCUCAUUGGAAGAAUUCCUGGUGAUGAUGGUGGUGUAAAAGCCAAAAGUAAAAAGAAAGUCAAGCGAGGAAGAUCUCGAUCUCGAACCCGCUCUGUCAGUGCUAUGUCAGAUUCUGGGGGUUACUAUAGUGAUUACUCCAGUUAUCCUAGUUUAACACACAAAUACCGCUUAAAGAAGACCUCCUCAUUGGAUGAUGAAGAUCCCCUCCCGAGAGUCUCUCCCAAACAGUUCCUCAGUGACGAUGAUGAUGCUGAGGUGGCAGCACUGACUGGUUCUUUGGAUGAUCUGCGUCUCAGCCGUCGAUCUCGCUCCCCAAGCCCCCUGUUGUAUCGCCCUUCCUUGAGAGAGAGGUAUGGAUUACGCCCCCUUACACCCACAGAAAAACUUGAUCUAGACAUAAGAGUGGAACAAGCUCUACGUCGGAGCCGAUCCAGAGAACGACUAGCACGUCUGGAGCUGGAGGAAUCUCGCAGCAGAUCCAGGGAAAGACGGACAAGACUAGAGUUGGAACGCGCCCGGAGUAGAUCCAGGGAGCGAAUGGCCAGGCUGGAUCUAGAGCUGGCAGAGAAGAGACGAGAACGACUGGCUCGCGAGGAGCUGGAAGAGUCCCUGCGAAGAGCCCGAGCCAGCCCAUGUCGAGUGCAUUUGGACGAUGGAACAUAUUGGUCAGAAAGAGCAGCAAAAUUUCAAGGAAAAUCUCAUCGUCAGGUUUUUAAUGAUAGUCUUAGUAAGCUGUACUCCAAGAUGUACCGGAGUGCACUGCAGGCGAAGCCGUGAUAGUCCUUACCUCAGUAGUCUGAUCAGCUGUGAUAUUAGAUAGUGUCUGUAUUUAUUAUGUUUUAAGGAUAAAAGCUACAUGACUCCAAACUGUUCCUGUGAUAGAAAACCUUCAUUAUACAAACCAUGGUCCUGUUUAUGUCAGCCAUUUUCAACUGUUCACAGUUAACCUGAAUUAGGAUAUACUCUCAGCUCCUGCAAGUUUUGCCAGUUAACUGUUUUUUGUGUCAUGACUUUUAUUCCAGCUUGUUGUGUUUGACAAUACUCUGUAGGGUGGCCAGUUUGAUGUUUGAUUUUGGGGGGAGGUGAAAGUAAAAGCAACAACCAGCAUCUGUUCCUGCGGGAAUGGAAGCUGGUGUUGCCAUGGGGAUUGUUGGUUCCGAUGGUUUAGGAGUUGGCUGUGGGUUACACAGGGUUGACUGUCCUCUCUCUGUCUCUGACUAAUAAAUUAUAUUUAUCAAUUUGUCUCAUUUAGUUAGCACCAGCCUACACAUGAAUGAUUGUAUGGAAUUAAACUUGAUUAUUUUGCUUUUUUAUUUAUAUCUAUAUAAUAUUUUUUUUUUAUUUAUGUCUACUAGAAUACAUUAAUUGCAGCAUUUAAUUAUAAUAAAUACUUAUAUAUUGAA